CGGUUUAGCAUGUCUCUUUGCCACUUCCGUUCCCCUCUUCUUCUUCUUCUUCUUCGGAACCAUGCAAGCUUUGGUAACGAGAAGAAAGCCAUCACUUCCCCUGCCUCCUCCGGUCUCUCCUCUCUUUCAUCCUUUUUUGGGGCAUCUUAAUUAUUCCUCCUCUUCCCAUUCGCCUCCAUGGUAUUCACCGCCGCCUCAAACCCCGCAAGCGGACCCUCUCCUCCUCACAAUCUCCCACGCCGUCCUCGACUCCGCCACUACCUCUCUCGAUGCCUCCCUGAAGCCCCUCUUACCGUCCAUUAAUCCAUCCCUCUUUGUCUCCCUACUUACCCUCAAUCCCCUCUCCCUCCCACCGUCCUCCCUGCUUGACUUCUUCCACUGGCUCUCCGCCCGCCCCACCUUUCGUCACACCCCCCUCUCCUACCUCGCCAUGGCCGCCUUCCUCCUCCGGCAUCGCCUCCCAUCCGCGGCCCUCCCCCUCCUCCGCCUUCUCGUCGCCCGCCGCGGCCACCACUCGGCUCCCGCCCUCUUCUCCGCUGCCCUCCAGGCCGUCACCCCCGCCCCGCUCCAGUCCUCCCUCGUCGGCGCCCUUGCCGUCGAGUACGCCCGCGUUGGCCACGUCUCUGACGCCAUCCAGUGUCUCCGCCUCUCCCACAGGCACGCCCUUCCGCUGCCGCUCGACUCGUGCUCUCGCCUCCUCGACCACCUCCUCAAGUCCAACUCCCCUGCUGCCGCCUGGGCUUUCUACUCCGAGAUUCUUGCUGCCGGAUUCCCACCCAGAGUGACAACGUUCAACGUGUUGAUGCACUCCUUCUGCAAGGAAGGUAAGAUCAAGCAAGCAAAGUCGAUUUUUAAUGAGAUCACUAAGCAUGGAUCAUGUCCCACGGUGGUGAGCUUCAACACCCUCAUCAAUGGUUACUGCAAAGUUGGGAACCUGGAGGCAGGAUUCGAGUUAAAAGGUCGAAUGCUCGAUGUGGGUCUUGUUCCUGACGUUUUCACAUACAGCGUCUUGAUUAGAGGAUUGUGCAAAGCGGGACGAUUGGAUGAUGCCAACGAGUUAUUCGAUGAAAUGUGCUCUAAAGGGUUGGUCCCAAAUGCUGUUACCUUUACUACAUUGAUUGAUGGGCACUGUAAGGAGGGAAAGAUUGAGGAUGCCAUGGAGAUUUAUAAAGAAAUGUUGAAGAGAAGUGUUAGACCUGAUGUGAUCACGUUAAAUGCUACUGUGAAUGUCCUUUGCAAGUCUGGAGAUUUGGGAGAGGCAAAUCGGGUUGUGGAGGAGAUGAGACAUAGUGGAUUGCUGCCUGAUAAAGUGACUUACACCACUCUGAUUGAUGGCUGUUGCAAGGAGGGUGAUCUUAAGAUGGCGAUCGAGAUUAAGAAGAGAAUGGCAGUUGAAGGGAUCGAGUUGGAUGAAGUGACAUACACAACACUUAUCGCUGGGUUGAGUAGAGAAGGUUGGGUGGCGGAUGCAAACACGACUCUGCAUGAGAUGGUAAGAGCUGGCCUCUUACCAGACAUGGCAACCUACACUAUGGUGAUCGAUGCAUUUUGUAGGAAGGGAGAUGUAAAGAUGGGUUUUAAGUUGUUAAAGGAGAUGCAAAGUAAGGGUCACAAGCCAGGGGUUGUCACAUACAAUGUGAUCAUGAAUGGUCUCUGCAAGCUUGGACAAACGAAGAAUGCAAACAUGCUCCUAAAUGCCAUGAUUAAUGUGGGAGUUGCUCCAGAUGAUAUUACCUAUAAUAUUUUAUUGGAUGGGCAUUGCAAGCAUGGCAACAUUGAAGACCAUGAGGAAUUAAAAGGUGAAAAGGGAAUGAUAUUGGAUUUUGCAUCUUAUUCUUCAUUCAUCAAUGAAUUAGUUAAAAGGCCUAAGAACCACUAAAACAUAUGCAUAGGCCAGAUGAGAUGUAUUAUUAUCUUGUUUAUUAGACGUCCUCUUUGAGGCUCACAAAAUUGUAGAUGAAUUGGGGCCAUUUAGUACUUUCGAAAGAUUGUCUUUAUGGUGUGUGGAUAAUUUUGUUGACUAUGUUGGAUCUGUGAAUCUCAUUUUGUCAUCAAUUAAUGUGCUGAUGGAUGUUAUAUUACCAUGAUAUGAGGUUAUUACC